CCCCAGGGCUUUGCUAUCUCCCUGUGCAGAUGGGGAGACCGGUCCUGCCCUGUGUCCCGGGGCCUGCCGGGAGCUCUGAGCGCCCCAGCACAGAAUCCCAGCCGCCCGCAGCGGGCAGGGCUCUCUCCCUUCCCUCGCCUUAACUUCCGUAAGCUUCUGCUUUCUGGGUUCCCAUGAUGCCCAGAUUUCGUCUCGGGCUAGAUCCCUCAAUCCAUCCCCCAAAGGCUCACUACUAACAACCUCUCUAACCUGGGCAGCCCCGCCCCGCCCGGCUCAGCCCGGCCCGGUUCGGUUAACUGGUUCCGCCCACUUUUUGUCCAGAGAAGAUUUUCCUUACGCCCAGUCACCCCCUCCCCACCAAGAAACCCAAGUAAAAGGGUCCCCCCAGGGAAGGAGAGGGAACUUGCUGAGGAUCGUGCUUCUGGGGCAGGGGCCCAACCGCUGCCUCCCAGAACUGGAGGAUCACAGAACCUGGCCGGGGAAGGGCCCAGAGCCUGGCGCCUCCGCCGGGGCCCAGCUUCCCAGCCCUUCCGGGACCCUCCGGUAUUCCCUCCCCAGCGUCUCCCGGGGCUGCGCCGUCAACUCCAGCCCCACGCGGGGCCCCCGGCUUGGGGCUUCUCUGGCUCCCAAGACCUUCCUCACCCCUCCUGACAGGGCUGGGGGAAGUGGGGGCGGCGGAGGGGAGGGCAGCCAGCAGCCCCGGCCCCACCUGGCUCCCUCCCCCAAUUCGGUUUCUGUUUCGGAGGAGAGUGAAAGUGAAAGAGGAACGGCUCCGGGGCGGGGGAGGGAGGGAGUGGGGCCCGGCGGGCCAUGGGCAGUGCGGCGGACCGACUGACGGGCGGCCCACCCUCGGAGCGGCCUCCGCGCGGACCCCCAGCCCCCCGGACUGUCAGACGGCCGCCUGUCUGCGGGGCCAUGGGCGUCCCGGGCCUGGGCGCCCUGCUGCUCUGCUGGGCCGCGGCCACCUGCGCCGCAGAGCUGGGCGCGCCCGGGGGCCCCCACAGGGGAGUGGACUUAAUCCUGGACUGCAGCCUGGCCGGAGAGGACGCGCAUCCCUGGGGCAUCUCUGCCGGCAAGCCGGACGCGGCUCGGGCCACGCUGGUGCUGAGGCAAGUGCCCGUUCCGGAUGACGGCGCGCUGGACGGCUUCACCGACUUCCCGGGGGUCACCGCGGCCCAAGGAGACGCGCCCAUUGUCUUUGAGGCCUCGGUGGACCGGGUGCGGCUGCCCCACGCCGAGGUCUUGCUCCACGCCGCCUGCCAGGAGAAGGUGGUGACCUGUGAGCUGUCUCGGCUCCCCCAGGCGCGCCAGGAGCCCCCUGCCCAGGAGUCCGCCUGCUUCAUGGGCGCCGUCCAGGUGUCCGGGGGAGGGUUUAGUGUCUCCAUGGUGAUGAAGACCCUCGGAGGGCCUGAGGGGGGGGCUCCCUUGCAUCCCCAGCUGAACCUGCCCCUGAGCCCCCGGGGGACAGUGCUGGCUUCAGUGGAAUUCCAGGUGAUGACCCAGAAACCCUCCAUCCCGGCCUCCCUCGGGGCCUCCGCCUCCCUGCCCUGCGGCUUCUCAGGGGCCCCCGGCUCUGGCCCAUUCCACAUCGAGUGGAGGAGGCAGCACCGGGGCCAGGGCCAGAGGGUGUACGUCUGGGCGGGGGGCCAGGGACAGGCCCUGCGGGAGGGGGCCAGGCUGGAGCCCCAGGAGCUGCUGGAGGUCGGGGACGCCUCGCUCACCCUGCCGGGCCUGACCCUGAGGGACGAGGGAGCCUACAUUUGCCAGAUCUCCUCUGCCCAGUACCAAGCUCAGCAGAUCAUUCAACUCAGCAUCCUGGAGACCCCUAAGGUGCGCCUGGAUUUGGUGGCCGAGGCCCUGCCCCCCACCCUCUUGUGUGCCAUUGCCGGCUACUACCCGUUGGACGUGGCCGUGAGCUGGACCCGGGAGGAGCCGGGCGGAGCCCCGACCCCCGCCUCGGGCGCCUCCUUCUCCAGCCACCGGCAGAGCCGGGCGGGCACCUACAGCCUCUCCUCCUCUCUGAGGGCGGAGCCCGGCCCCCGGGGGGCCACCUACGCCUGCCAGGUGGCCCAUGUCUCCCUGCCCGAGCCCAUCACCUUGGAGAUCUGGGUGGGCCCUCCAGAGCAAGGAGCACCUCUGGGGUCCUUCCUCGCCACCGGCCUGUUCUUCCUCGCCCUCUUGUUCCUGGGCCUUCGGAGGCGCCGAGGGUAGAGCCAGAGCCUCCCUCCCCACUUGUUGGUGCUCCACGCUGGCACAGUGCGCAGGGUCAGGAAGCGCCCCCUCACCCCAAGCCUAGGCUCGCCUUCCCUUCAGCCGUUCCUCGUCCAGCCUGCAGAAUGGUCCGACCGCCCCCCACGCCCGGACCUCCUCCAGGGGCAGCUCUCCAUCCCCCUCUCCCUGACUCAGCCGCCCAGCGUCGGGCGGGCAGGGCCCAGCCAUGGCCCCUUCUGGGUCUGGGACCUCCAAGCGCGUCUGGGUCCGGUGGCCUUCACACGUCUCACGUUGGGUCUUUCGUCCUAACUGCAAACGGACCCUUUCCUGGGCAGACGCCUCAUCGUCCCUCUGGAUCUGGGAUUCUCUGAGCUCCCUUUGACAUCAUCCUGGGGCUCCCUCCCUGGCUCCCCCUUAGCUCCUCAAUGGGGGCCCGCCACCUUCCUCCCCUCCCUGACCCAGCGCAGCCGAAGGCGACAUCGCCGGCCCGUGGCCACCAUUCCAUGCAGUUGACUCAUAUUGAGUUUUGAACCCCCUAAAAUCCUCAGGUAAUUUUUCAGAGGAGUCACCUUUCUCCUCGUGCCCUUGGGCCGUUUAUUGCUUGGACUCGGCUGGAAGACUUUACAUUGCUCCUGUCGGGUUUUACUGAUGAAUUUGGAUUUGGAGCCCAGCUAGGCCCUGGUUCUCCAGGAAGGGUCCUGAGGAGAGUCCUCCCUGGCCAGAGAGUCUGAAAUUCAUCCUGAGACCCUCGCCCAAGGUCCAAGAGAGGAGCCGGUGGUGAGGAGAGGCUGGGGCAGCCCCUGGACAGGGAGAGGUGGGAGCAGGGCCUGGAAAGGAGCCCUUUGCCCCCCAAACUCCAAUGCGUCUCAAUAAAAAUCACCAUUCUGCCCUCGUUCUCUCCGUGUCCCUGUCACUCGUUCUCUCAUCCAAGUCUCCCGAGGAAAGGAUUGGGAGCAAGCCCUGGCCCUGCCUCCCUUCUGAUCAUCUCAGCUGAGCUGCAGACUCCAAGCUUGGACCCAGCGGUUUAAGGAAACAGCCUCGGGCACUGCCUCUGGCGCCCAGCGUGCCUCAGUUUGCUUGAAUUUGGGGAACCACAUCACAAUGCAAAUCCACGUUGAGCUUGCAGUCCACUGAAAUCCCCGGAUCUUUUUCCAGUUAGUCUAUCAGUGUCUCCCCAUCUUAUAGUGAAGCUGGGCACAAGGGCAAGAUUGCCCUUGAUUUGUGCUGUGUCCCAGUGUUCGGGGCGGGGGGUCAGGAUCUGUUUUGCCCUCUGCCUGUAUAGUUUGUUGUCUGAAAGUGUGGUCAGCCCCGCAGCUAGACCUUUGUCCGAAUCACUGCUGACAGGACGGGGUCCCGUGCAGAUGCUCCUGUUGGGCGCUGACUGCGGGCACGACUCCCCAGGCCUGCACGUGGGGCCCGGGAGGUGAUGGGCAAUCUCAGAGAGAAACGCCAUAGGGCGGCUGAUUGACCCCCCUCCCAGGAGCAGCCGCAGUGUUCCCGAGCAGAGGUGGGGUGGGCCAGGCCGGGCAGACCGGGAGACGGCGGAAGCAGGGCCUGCAGCUGGCAAAGCCCCCCGGCCGGCAGGACACAGAGCCCGGGUGGGAGCUCCAGGGCGAGUGUCGUGGCUCCCUCCGGCUCCGUCUCGGAGAGAGUGCCCAGGGGCGCUUCUCCCUCGGUGGAACGACUCCCGACAGCUUUUGAAUCAGAUCCAGGUUCUCCAACUCCACCGCGUCUCUCGGGACUUUGAUCUCAUCUUUCCUGCAAACCAGUGCUCCAGCCGCUCUUCUGCAGCCCUACCCCACGGCCCUCCCAGGCCCCUCGGCGGCUCAGCGCCCCCUUUGGCCCUUCAGGCCACUGGCCCGCGACACUUUGCCGCUUCCAUACCGUGGCUCCUGUUCUAGAGCUGCCCGGGUGACGUAGAACAAGCCCCGACAUGGGAAGGUGCCCGUGGGAAGGGCGGCUUGGGGACGCUGAUUUCCGUAGCUCCAGACCCAUCGGGACCCGGUGAAAUGGACUCGAGUCACCCUGCCCCCCGUCGGUGCCUCCUGUCAGUGGCGCGCUGGGUCUCGUGCCAUCCCCAGAUGUUUCUACUUUCUGUUGGGCUUUCAAUCUGUGAUUGUUUUUGAGAUUAGCUAUUACUCCGGGGAAAUGUUGAAAAGUGACAGCUCUUAGAGGGAAAGGUUCAGCUGUUAUACUCCCGUCCAAACGCUUAAGGCUAUUUCAGGCUUGGAUGUGUGGGUAGGUCAGGGUUUCAUGGGUCCUUAAAGCCUCUAGUCACAUGGAAGAACUGCUUCCUAGGGCAAAGGGACACGAGGCUGAAGAUGGAAAAGAACCACCGACAAAAAAAGUUAAUUAAAGGUAAUAAAACCACGCCCGCAGCUAGAACGGGCGACUGGAGGGCGACACAGUUGGUCCAAACUGCUGGGAGAUGGAAGAACAUUCAGCGGAUUAAGCAAUGCUGUGAAGAGGAAAUAUGUCAAGGGCAAGACAAUAUAAAGAUCGGAGUUCUGACCACUGGGAGAAGAGACUUUUUCCUGACAAAAUGUGUCCAAACUGUCAUCUGGACCUUUAACCCAGAGGUCGAGGUGUCAAAACCGGCUUCUGUAUGUGUUUUAGGCAGCUAGGGGGUACAAUGGACAGAGCGGACUGUGACCCUGGACAAUGAAAAGGCAAUGGGACUUGUUCGCAUUGUCUUUUCAGCUUCAAUUCCCCCUGAAAUAGGAGACUAAUAGAAGCUACGCAGUGACAUUGUGGUGAGGGUCGGUCAAAUCAAUCAGAUGUAAAAUGGCUUUCCUUGCACCCCUUGAAGGGUUUUACUCAGCCUACAGAAUCUGGGCAUUUUCUGAAGAGGGAAAACAUAUUUAGGGGAUAUUUGUUAUUUACGGUGGCUUGGAAGUCUUGCUUCCAUUGAGAAAAUGGCGAUUUCUGAUAAAUUCUAUCACGCUGCGAGAAGCGGGCUUUGGAGACGGAAUUCUCAGACACCAUCUUCAUUUCUGAAACGACCCUUCUUCUGAAUCUCUUGCCUUGGAUUGGCCAUAGUGAUGAAAAUAUCACCUUGAAUUUCUUUCAUUUUCUGUUCCCCUGGGAAAAUUUCCCAAUGCUUCCCAGAGUCCCUCUGGAAGCAUCAUUUGUGAGCUUCCUAUCCUCCAACUUUGGAGAAGGAGUGAGUAGUUUUGAACACUGGCUCUGCUCUUCUUUGUGUGCUGGUGGGUGAACGCCUUCCCCUCUCUGGAUUUGUUUCCUCAUUCUGCCUAAUGGGGAUUUGGCGAGCUGAUGUCUAAGUUGCUUUCUAGUUCCCCAAACUGCCUGUACUCUGCCAACCUUAUGAAGUAGGUAGAGCAGCUAUAAUCAUCCUCAUUUUGUUGAUGAGAUAAGUGUAGUGUAAUUGCCCAAACUGAAUGAUUCUCCUGACUAAGAUGUACGCAGAUUCACAUUAAACGCUUCUGGAGCCA